AUGUACGUCAAUGCAUCCACGUCGUCUGCGUCUUCACCUGAGGAAUUCAAAGUUAAAGUGCCGAAAUCGCGCAAAGAAAAUCGACUUCUGAAGAGUGGCUUCGUUGACGACAACAACGACCACCUCUGCUACCUCGAACUUUCGAUUGUGUGGCCGGCUGCAGUGUGCGCCGUGUUGUCGAUGUUGCUUUUCAUUGCUGCGAUAGCUGCAUCGCUUUACAACGACUACAUACCUACAGAGAAGGAGCUACUACGGACGUUUUUCGCCGCCUAUGGUUCGACGUCUUUCGCUUGUAAUACAACGUUACCAUUACCGGUAAAUGGGAUUCCUUCCGCACUGAAACUGCUCGAAAUCAAUGCCUCCGGCAAUGUGCUGUUUCGAUUAUGCACCUGCAUUCCGGUCGUAAUCCGGCUGUUUAUUUCUAAUAUUCAAUGUGCUACGAUGCGAGCGGAGUACGAGCUACUUCCUUUCUUCUAUCGAAUUUCCAUCGAGGUAGUACCGCUACUGACCUUCAUAGAGGUGUUCUCUUUGGCCUUAUUCAGCAUAAUCACCUCUCACAGCGACUUUCCAGGUGAAUUUUAA